AGGCUGGAGUGCAGUGGCGUGAUCUCGGCUCACUGCAAGCUCCACCUCCCGGGUUCACACCAUUCACCUGCCUCAGCCUCCCGAAUAGCUGGGACUACAGGCGCCCACCGCCACACCCAGCUAUUUUUUUUGUAUUUUUAGUAGAGACGGGGUUUCACCGUUUUAGUCAGGAUGGUCUCGAUCCGCCCGCCUCGGCCUCCCAAAGUGCUGGGAUUAUAGGCCUGAGCCACCGCGCCCGGCCUGUUGUUUUCUUUAAUGUUGAACCAGUCUUGUAUUCAUGAAAUAAGCCAUACUUGAACAUAGUAUACUUUCUAUAUAUUGUUGUUUUGUACAAUUAAAAAAUAGUAAUUGAAAUAGGUGUUGUUACUACUUGUGAGUACCAAAAUCCUGAAAUGCCUUUAAAUAUCAUGAUCAAUUAAUUUAUGAAUUUAGUCAACAAAUACAUGAUAAUUACUGUGUGCCAGGCAUUAUUCUAGUGCUGGAGAUUAGAUCAUUGAGUUCUUGCACUUAAACUACAUUCUUUCCUAGAAUGUAAUAUAAUGUCAGGUAGCAAUAGUGCUAUGAAGAGCAAUAAAGCAGUGUAAGGGAAUGGAGAGUCAUGAACCAAGAGGCUGAAGCUAUUUAAAAUAUAUUGGUCAGGGAAGGACUCUCUGAUGAGGUGACCUUAGAGCAGAAGUAAAUGAAGUGAGGGAGCCAGCCAUCUUAGUUGUAAAAAAUUGUUUCAGGCUGAGAGAAUAGCAAACACAAAGUCACUGUGUCAAGAGACUUGCUUGGUGUGUUUCAAAUACAGCAUAGAGGCCAGUGUUUCUGGAGUGCAGUAAUUCAUGGAAAGAGUUGUAGAAGGCAAAGUAGUCAGGAACCUGAUAAUAUCAAUUUUGUAGGCUAUCGUAAGGACAACUUUGGAUUUUAAAUAUACUGGCAACCACUCAUUUUCUCACCAGGUUAUUUGUUGCGCAUCUUCUGUAUGUCAAAUAGAUUUGCAUGUUGAGGAUACAGUAGUUAACAAAACUGUUCAAAAAUCCAAGCCUUUAUAGAGCUUAGAAGUGUUAGUGAUAAGUGUAGUUGUUUAUAUAAUAUGGAGGUCGUCAGAAGUGGUAGUUUAGAAUAUUCAGUUGGGAAACAUUGUUAUGUAAAAUGAUUAUAUAUCUAGAUAAUUUAAGUAAUUGGAAGAAAUGUACUUAUAUUUUGUGCUAAAACUAUACUGAACAUAAUUUAAUCUUUUUUAUUUAUAGGAGACAUAGCUAUUUUCAUUAGUUUCUUUUGGUUGCAAAGUAGAGAGACUUAUUUAGGCUAGGUUUUUUUUUUUUUUUUUAUAAGGAUACACUUGGGAAUAGAAUACAGAAGGACUUAAUGGAAAUCCCUGAAUAAGAGCUAUGAUAUGUCCUGGCCUUUCAUAGCCUAGAGCUUAAAAGUCUUCAUAUCCAAGUGUAUUCAUUAUUUAUUACUGUGUAAUAUAUUACCCCCAAAUUUAGUGGCUUAAAUUACGUGUUAUUUCAUCAUUGCUGUGGGUCGAGAAUAUAGGCAUGUAAGCUUAGCUGGGUGCCUCUGGCUCAAGGUCUCUCAUAAGGCUGUUGUUAAUCAAGGUGUUGGCUAGGGCAACAGUCAUCUAAAGGCAUUACUGGGAAGGAUCUGUUUCUCAGAUCACUCACAUGGCUGUUAGCAGGCCUCAGAUUCUUUGCUAUAUGUUGGUUGGAGACAUCAUUUCUAUACCAUGUGGGUCUUUCUAGCUCAUAACAUGGCAGCUGGCUUCCCUGAAUAAGAAAGGGUGGCCAGAUGGAAGCCACAGUCUCUUUGUUACCUAAUCUCAGAAGUCAUCUUAUCACCUCUGCUACAUUUUCAUUAAAAGUGAGUUACUAAAUCCAGUCCCUAUUCUAGGAGAGGAUUAAACAAGGGCAUGAAUAUGAAGAGGUUGGGGAUUAUUAAGGUCAUUUUGGAAGCUACCUGUCCUACCAGUAAGCCCUAGAGAUCUCACCCAGAGAUUUUGUAUAUAUGUUUUAUUCUAGUUCUCUACCGUAAAUGGGCCUUAGCCACUUUUAAUCUUUGCAUUUUUUCCCUUUCUCUUUUUGCUACGAAUUGUAUUUCUUAAAUACUAAUCUGCUUUCUUUUUUUUUUGACAGGGUCUUGCUCUGUCACUCAAGCUGGAGUGCAAUGGCACUAUCAUUUUUUUGCAGAGCCUGGAUUUCACCAUGUUGCCCAGGCUGGUCUGGAAGUCCUGGGCUCAAAUGAUCCACUUCUUAGGCCUCCCAAAGUGCUGGGAUUAUAGGCAUGAGCCACUGUGCCCAGCCAUGUGUAUCUUUUUUUUUUUUUUUUUCUGUGGCAGUGUUUUGCUCUGUUGCUCAGGCUGGAGGGCAGUGGUGCAAUCACAGCUCACUGCAGCUUCAACGUCCAGGCUCAAGUGAUCUUCCUGCCUUAGCCUCUCAAGUAGCUGGGACCACUGGCACAUGUCACCACACCUAGGGCAUUUUUUAGUAUUUGUAGAGAAGUCUCCUUAUGUUGCCCAGGCUGGUCUCGAACUCCAGGGCUCCAGCAAUCCUUCACCUUGACUUCCCAAAGUGCUUGUAUUACAGGCAUGAGCCACUGCACCCACCUCUUUUCUCUACUUGUUAUAUUUAGCUUUUCCGUAUCUUUAUCCAGAGACUAAGAUGAAUUUUCCUGCCUUGUGAUAUUUCACCUUCUGUCUCUGCUGCUCGCUAGUUUGGUUAUAUUCAUAGUACGCUGUUCAGAUUUUUGAGAGGGACAGGUGUGUGGUGUGGGAGAUAAAGUUUAGUAUCUUUUGAAUAUUGCUGUAACAUCAACAAGAAGCGUGAUUAAAGCAGUUUCCCUCAGAGAACAAUGUAGACACUAAAUACUAUUGUGGGUGUUUAUUGAUUAGAAGACAUAGGUCUUUGAGUUGGUCAAGUAACAGCUUGAAUCUUGGAAGAAAUUUCCUAAUGCUAGCUUGUUUUAGAAUUGUUUUUCUAUUUCCAUAAAAGAGUAUAAACUGAAAAAAACCAUCUUUUUUUCUUUUUUUUUUUUUGCAUUUAGGAUAAAUGGGAAUCUAUUUGCUUAUUUUUGAGGCAUUAUAUAAAAGUGUAUAAAUUUUGAGACAUACAGAAACUCAUAUAGAAAUUACAUUUUGAGACAUUAUACAAUAAAGUGUAUACAUAAAAAGGCAAACAUCUAUAAUUUUUUUCACUCAGUAUUAACCAUUAACAUUUAUUCAUUUUGCAGUUAGUCUUUUCCCCUCAAGUAAUAAGAUUUUGUAGUUAAAAUGCAAAUCCCCUUAAACUAUCACUUUUCUGUUUCAUGGAACUUAACUUGAUGCAACUACUGGUACAAGUUUGAGUCUCGCUCUGUCACGCAGGCUGGAGUGCAUUGACGUGAUCUCUGCUUACUGCAACCUCUGCCUCCUGGGUUGAAGUGAUUCUCCUGCCUCAGCCUCCUAAGUAGCUGGGAUUACAGUUGCCCACCACCAUGCCCGGCUAAUUUUUAUAUUUUUAGUAGAGACAGAGUUUCACCAUGUUGGCCAUGCUGAUCUCGAACUCCUGAUCUCAGGUGAUCCGCCUACCUCGGCACCCCAAAGUACUGGGAUUACAGGUUUCCAAUACUUAUCUACAGGAAUCGCCAUGACCCCAGCUCUGAGGGAGGCAACAGCAAAGGGUAUCAGCUUUUCAUCUUUGCCAAGUACCAUGGAGUCUGACAAGAUGCUCUACAUGGAAAGUCCAAGAACUGUAGAUGAAAAGCUAAAGGGAGACACCUUUUCUCAGAUGCUUGGAUUUCCAACUCCUGAACCUACUCUUAAUACUAAUUUUGUGAAUUUAAAACAUUUUGGCUCCCCUCAGUCUUCAAAACAUUACCAGACUGUUUUUUUAAUGAGAUCUAAUUCUACAUUAAAUAAACACAAUGAGAAUUAUAAACAAAAGAAAUUAGGGGAGCCCAGUUGCAAUAAGCUGAAAAACAUACUGUAUAAUGGCAGCAACAUUCAGCUCAGUAAAAUCUGUCUUUCUCAUUCUGAAGAGUUCAUCAAAAAGGAACCUCUAUCAGAUACCACGAGCCAGUGCAUGAAAGAUGUACAAAUUAUUUUGGAUUCAAAUAUAACCAAAGACACUAAUGUAGAUAAAGUACAACUACAAAACUGUAAAUGGUAUCAAGAGAAUGCACUUUUGGAUAAAGUUACUGAUGCUGAGAUUAAAAAGGGUUUAUUGCACUGUACUCAAAAGAAAAUUGUACCUGGCCACUCAAAUGUGCCUGUUAGUUCUUCAGCUGCUGAAAAAGAGGAGGAAGUACAUGCUCGUUUACUUCAUUGUGUAAGCAAACAGAAAAUUUUACUUAGCCAGGCUAGAAGAACUCAGAAACAUUUGCAGAUGCUCCUGGCAAAGCAUGUUGUUAAGCACUAUGGUCAGCAGAUGAAAUUGUCUAUGAAACAUCAGCUCCCCAAAAUGAAGACAUUUCAUGAACCUACCACAAUUUUGGGUAACAGUUUACCUAAAUGCACUGAAAUUAAGCCAGAAGUUAACACAUUGACUGCAGAGAAUAAAUUGUGGGAUGAUGCAAAAAAUGGCUUUGCACGGUGUACAGCUGCGGAAAUCCAAAGAUUUGCAUUUUCUGCUACAGGGCUGUUGUCUCAUGUUGAAGAGGGUUUGGAUUCCGAUGCAACUGAUAGCAGCUCUGAUGACGAUUUGGAUGAAUAUACCCUUAGAAAAAAUGUGGCAGUUAACUUUAGUACUGAAUGGAAGUGGCUUGUAGACAGAGCACGAGUUGGCAGCCGAUGGACUUGGCUUCAAGCCCAGAUUUCAGACCUAGAAUGCAAAAUCCAACAACUAACAGACAUUCACAGGCAAAUUCGUGCCUCCAAGGGGAUAGUGGUCCUAGAAGAAUGUCAACUUCCAAAAGAUAUUUUGAAAAAACAAAUGCAAUUUGCAGACCAAGCAGCUUCACUAAACAUUCUAGGGAAUCCUCAGGUUCCCCAAGAGUGUCAAGAUCCUGUACCAGAACAAGAUUUUGAAAUGUCACCAAGCAGCCCUACUUUACUUCUUCGAAACAUCGAAAAACAGAGUGCACAGUUGACUGAGAUCAUCAACAGUUUGAUUGCCCCUCUCAACUUGUCCCCAACUUCAUCACCCCUCUCUUCCAAAUCCUGUAGCCAUAAAUGUCUGGCUAAUGGCAUUUACAGGAGUGCAUCAGAGAAUUUAGAUGAGCUGUCUUCCUCCAGUAGCUGGUUACUUAACCAGAAGCACAGUAAGAAAAAGAGAAAAGACAGGACAAGAUUGAAAUCUUCAUCCUUGACUUUCAUGAGUACAUCAGCCCGAACAAGGCCACUUCAGAGUUUCCACAAACGAAAACUCUACAGAUUGAGCCCUACUUUUUAUUGGACUCCACAGACUUUGCCUUCAAAAGAAACAACAUUUUUAAACACUACACAAAUGCCUUGCCUGCAAUCAGCUUCAACUUGGAGUAGCUAUGAACACAAUUCGGAGUCUUACCUAUUAAGAGAACAUGUAUCAGAGUUAGAUUCCUCUUUCCAUUCUGUUCUAUCAUUGCCAUCAGAUGUGCCUCUUCAUUUUCACUUUGAAACACUGUUAAAAAAGACUGAAAUAAAAGGCAAUCUUGCUGAAAAUAAAUUUGUAGAUGAAUAUAUCACAUCUCCAUCACCUGUACAUAGUACUUCUCUGAAUCAAUGGAGAAAUGGAUAUUCACCUAUAUGUAAGCCUCAAAUAAGGUCAGAAUCUUCUGCACAACUGUUACAGGGAAGAAAGAAAAGACAUUUGAGUGAAACAGCAUUAGGAGAAAGAACUAAACUUGAAGAAUCUGAUUUUCAACACACAGAAUCAGGAUCCCAUAGCAAUUUUACUGCUGUUUCCAAUGUCAACGUUUUAUCAAGAAUCCAGAAUUCAUCACGAAAUACUGCACGACGGAGAUUGAGAAGUGAGAGCUCUUAUGACAUAGAUAACAUUGUGAUUCCCAUGUCAUUAGUAGCCCCAGCUAAAUUAGAGAAACUCCAAUAUAAGGAAAUACUUACUCCAAGGUGGAGGAUGGUUGUUCAUCAGCCUUUGGAUGAAUAUAAUUUAGGCAAAGAAGAGAUAGAAGAUCUUUCUGAUGAAGUCUUCUCCCUAAGGCACAAAAAAUAUGAAGAGAGAGAGCAAGCCAGGUGGUCACUAUGGGAGCAAAGCAAGUGGCACAGAAGAAACAGCAGAGCUUACAGUAAAAAUGUUGAAGGACAGGACUUGCUUUUGAAAGAAUACCCUAAUAACUUCAGUAGCAGUCAGCAAUGUGCUGCUGCAAGUCCUCCUGGGCUUCCUUCAGAGAACCAGGAUCUGUGUGCAUAUGGCUUACCUUCUUUAAAUCAAAGUCAAGAAACCAAGUCUUUGUGGUGGGAACGACGGGCUUUUCCACUGAAGGGUGAAGACAUGGCAGCCUUAUUAUGUCAAGAUGAAAAAAAGGAUCAGGUUGAAAGGUCAAGCACAGCUUUCCAUGGUGAAAUCUUCGGUACCAGUGUACCAGAGAAUGGCCACCAUCCAAAAAAGCAGUCAGAUGGAAUGGAAGAAUACAAAACCUUUGGUCUAGGACUUACUAAUGUUAAAAAAAAUAGGUGACAGGGAACAGGUUAAGAAAACUAUGUAAAUGUAGGAAAGAUGGGAGGAAAUAAAGCCCUGUUCUGGAUUCCCCCAUCCCCUCCAGAAUAAGAGCAUGUUCUGCAUGUAUUAAUCUUUUAUGCCGUUUAUGAAACAGGCAAGAUAAGUCUGUUUUUCCUUCUGGAACCACAAGGGUAACCAGAUUUUCAUCUACAGACAAGUGGUAGUCAUUUGUGUUUAUCAUGCAACUUACUUACAAACACCAAGAUAUUAAUUGCUGCAACUUGAUGUCAAAUCACAUUACUGGGUAAUUUUUAAGACUAUGUACCCACACCAUACAGACAUACAUACAUACAUACAUAUAUAUACACACAUACAUACAAACCUGUGUGCCAAGUGACAGCUAUUUUUUUUAUAUACAUGGUAAUUCAUUAAAAUUGCCUUAGUAAUAUAUUAGAAUAUACAAAUAUGUGUGUAUAAAAUAAACAUACACACACCCCCCUAUGUAGUUUUUAAAACACUGGCAAUGACCCAUUCCCCUUGGAAAUGCAUGUAUGAACUACCCUAUGAAAUGUAAGCUGCAGAAUAGAUAAAACACAAGUUUCCACUAAUAAAAGACAGCUGAACGUCCUGAAUAUAAAGACAGAAGAAGUUUUUUGUUGUUGUUGUUGUUUUUUAACAUGUUUAACCAACAGAAGUUAUUUACAGAAAAUUCAUAUAUCAGGCAACACAAAACUCCUUUAUUCAAAAUCACUGCUAUCUUUGGGACUAAACACAGGCUACUUUCUGUUUACUCCUAACAAAAUAAAGCAAGCAAAUUUGAGUUCAAUAUUGGUGCACUUUUUAAUACUAUCACAUCUUUGAAAACUCAAUUUGAGUUUUACCAAUUAAUGUGUCUCAUGAAGAGAAGACACCAGUUUAAAAUGAACCACAAACAGUAAAGUCCUAUCAGUAUAAAAUUUGAAAAAAAAAAAAAAAGAUGAUUGUAUUUCUAGAUUAGCAAGAAAUUAGUUAAUUCUGGCUGAUUUCUAUUUCUAGCUAAUUUGGUCAUUCUUUGCCAUAGCUUACUCUAUUCAAAUAAACAUAUACUCUUGCUUGCAUCCUAGAUUGGAAAUUAAAAUUUUUCAAAGAACAAAGCUUCAAUAUUGGAUACUGAAGAGUAUACAUGAAAGAAAAUUCCUUUUGAAGCUAUUAAACCAUUUUUUUUCUAUGUGAAAGUUGAGGACAAUUUAUAUAAAUCACUUUUUGUCAUGUAAAAAAGGUUACUCAAGUUGUACUACCCACAUAACUGAAAAUAUUGGCCAUUUGGCCUUAUCUGUGAGAUUUGACACUAAGUUUUUGUUAGAGAUUGGAAAUUAUACUAGUCCUUUUAAGGGGUAAAAAAUUCAAUUCAAUACUGACAAACUUUUGCUUGUAGUUUUACUGUACAUUUAUUUUUAAAGAAAAAGAAAACAAAAGCCAGACAAACCCAAGUUGUCCAGGCAAAUAAACUCAAAUCUUUGUCACGUCUGAUAUUAUAAUCUUCUAUGUAAGUUUUUUAAUUAAAGUUAUUUCUAUA